AUGCGCCUUUCCAGUAUUUUUAGCUCUCAAGCUUUCUUUUUUCAAACUCGAGAUCUACAAGGCUGGAUAUAUACUGGCUUCAUUUCAAUGGCAAAAAGUGAGCUGAAGGACUACAUGCUCCGCAAUGGGGGCUCUGUGGCAUUGGACUGCGUCAAAUGGUCCUAUAAGUUUGAGAAUUCCCAUGGUGACUCGCAGGGAUGGAGUGAAGCCUCGCUGGAGAUAACCCUAAACGGUGAACUGAUAAUGGAUGGGGACGCGGUGAUGAUUCCUAGUCUUCAAAAAUGUGAAGUCCAGCUGUUUCCAGAGUUGCGGGUGCUAAAAGUGAAAAGCUUAGACCUGAAAACUGUCUUCAUCAAAACGCAACAGUCUGAAUUCGAACCUUUGCUUGCAUGCCUUAUGGUAUGGCAGAAUUUGAAACCACAAGGAUACUACAACAAGUAUUCUUUUAAUAAAUCCAUUGUCCACAACGAGAACCUUCAGACCAAUGACUUGUUGGUCUGUAGAUUUCGUAUUUACGGACCUGCUCCUAAUUACAAGAAAGUCCAGCUCAGUGAAUUGCCUAAAACUCCAUUGUAUCCUUCCGAAGACAAGCAAACGGAGGGAUGGUUUACAGCCAUGGGAUAUUUAAAGCGUGAUGGUAUUUUGGACUUGUUGUGCGAGAACGAUGGAACAUUAUUGUACUCUGUUAAUAUCACAAAAUUGUACUCGUCUGAAAUCAGGCCUAUCCAUCAUUCGGUGUUCCAGCAGCCAAAUAUCCUUUUUGUUGGACAAAUCAACGAGCUUCGUCGAAACCAUAGGUAUGCGAACGAAAUUGAUAGCGAGGACGAUGCUCCUUUUAUCCUGAAGAACGGUAAGUCUUUUUCGGAUAUCCAUAGAAUUCUUAUUCAGUUUGAUUUGGGCAUAGAUCUGAGAGACUGGAUUGUUGCGCUCAAAACAUUUACCAAGCUCGAGUAUAUUGGAAACAGACUCACCAAGGACAGAAUGAGGUUAGUCAAAAACUACAAGCUGGAGGUUGUAGAAGCCAAAUUCAAUAAUCCUGCUUUGAACGAGAAUCUUCAUCUUUAUGUCGAGUUGCAUAUGUGGGGAGGGCCAUGGUACAGAACUGCUAUCGUCAAGAAUUUGAAUCAGAAUCCCUUCUGGAAGGAAUUGUUUGACCUGGACCUUCCUCCGUCUGCAGAAUUUUUCAAGCUGGUCUUAAAGUCAUCCAACAACAGUUCAGUUUACAAUCUGAUAGAGGAAGAUCCAGUUAUUGCAGGAGCCUUUGUGACACCUGACUUCAUGACUGAGCCACAAAUGAUGAAGAAGCUGCCGCUU